CUUAAAAGUUCAACGAGGGGGCCAGGGAUGCCGUUGAAGAGUAACUAAGGUCUCUGUGGAACUUCUGCACAACUCGAAGAGCUGCAGACUUGCCUUCGACAUGGAGUUCCACGAGCUUACCAAUAUGCUCGGUGAUCUCUUGUACGGCAUAAUAGCGCCGUGCUGGCAUUGGCUGAACUUGGCACCGUAUCGCAUCAGCGGUUCUAUGCCUAUGAGGAAGGACGAAAUUCCAGGGUUCAUUAUCGCGCAGUCUGGUUAUUUAGUACCUGUGGAGUUUUCAAACAUCAUUAUGCCGCUUUCAAGUUGGAAGGUCAUGCUUUCCACAGCUUGGCGUUUCGAAGUAUUGCCAGCUGGUGUUGACUUUGUUUUGGAACCUUGGGUGCAAUUGGCCGUCUUGUGGGACGACGGACGAUUCAUAUUGUAGGCGGGGGCUUUGAGUGUCUAGCUCGGUGCUAGACUUUCCAGUAUUCGAAGUUGCCAUAGUGCUCUUUAAGAGCGGUCAGCUCGAGCAAUAGGUAGAGGAAGUUCCCUUUGAAGGAAUUUAGGGUGAGGUUGGUGGUUAUGGUGAAGGUUAAGUUGUUGAAAUGGAG